CCACUUUUCCUAUGCCGCGAUGGGAGCUUCUAUCUCACUCUACUCAACACACUGCUGUUGGCAUCGUCCAUGCCAACUGAAGUUUUUGAAGCUUAUGAUCUGUUGUUAUCCUCAGAAGAAAGGUGAUACCUUAAACUUGAAGCAUACUACACAUGAUGAUUCUCUGCUGCGCUGGGGAGGCCUCAGAAAGAGCUACAAGAGCAUCAUGACCUUAACCUUGAAUAUUGGUAGUGUCCUCACCCUGACAUCUGAUCUCGAUCUCUUAGUUCCUCCUCUGAUUUCCUAUAAAUCCAUUAGGCUAGCACUACUUCAAUGGAGGACAGAACCAUGGACUGGCACUCAUGGCUAUCCAAAUCGUGCCUCGAGCCAUCCCUUGUUUACGACUAUGGGCUUCUGUUCAUGAACAACGAGCUCGAGGAGGACGAUAUAGCACACUUGGACCACGACUUCCUACAGAGCAUGGGCGUCUCCAUCGCAAAGCACCGGCUGGAGAUCCUCAAACUCGCUAAGAACAGUAGGAGGGCGUCUCCUCUUCCCGUCGCCAAGCUUGCCACGGUCAUCAGGAAGUCCAAGACUCGCCUCGCGAAGUACAUCCGCACCUUGGCUCGUUCUGACGGUCCGGCGAUCUUGGUCGUGCCGAAGACUGCGUGCGGCGACUGCUGGAGAGGGGCCACGUCGAGGAGGAAGACGAAGCUGGUGAUCCUGAAGCAGGGCAGGCUGAUGAUCACUGAUCGCGGCAUGAGAAUCGCAGAUCUUCCUUCUCGAUCUCACAGCGGUACCCCGAUGGGCCGCAGUCGUCGUGAGAACAGCAAUGCUGCCGCUGCUGAUGGGUGCUGGGAGACUGCAGAUGGAGCCACGAGGUGGGAUUCUAUGUUCCAAAACUUGAAGCCCACAUAAGGCUUCAAGUGUCUUUUAGCUGGAAGUGUCAAAGACGUGUGCCGUGAUGCACACGCAGUCAAAAGUGUGUGAGUGUUUUGGUAUGGAUGAUGGAGUUCGAGCCGCAGUCGAACUCAUCCUUUUCGGACCUUGAGACUUGAGAGUAACCGUGUCUUCUUCCCCAUCGCAGAGUCGUUGAUCACUACUAUAUUUUUUGCUUAACACGUCAA